CCAGGAAACGUGGGUAUGAGAGGAAGACCGGGCCACAGUGGAGACAGAGGAGAGCCAGGUCUAAGAGGGCCUCCUGGACCAACUGGGAAGCCUGGACCACCAGGUCCCCUUGGUCCAGUAGGAGAAAAGGGACAACCAGGACCCCAGGGCCGUCAAGGAGAUCCCGGGCAUCGGGGAACAGAUGGACCAUGUGGUCCUCCAGGACUUCAGGGGUUCAGUGGUGUCAUUGGAAAACCAGGACCCCGUGGAAGUAAAGGACCCCCAGGGGACCCUGGGCCAAACGGUCCCCCAGGUAUUGCAGGUUCACAGGGGGCAAAUGGACUGGCAGGUAUAGAUGGGGAGAAAGGAGAAAAGGUGAUUGAA